UAUUUCGGGCGCCAUGUUCGCUGUGUUGUCGCAUUUCUCUAUGCUCAUCGACUGUCCAUCGGGCACCAUGCCGGAUCCAACGCACUAUCCUUCCUCUCGCUGCGUUCUGCCUUCGGUUGCCAAGAUGCUCCAAGGAACUGGGGGCUCAGACAGUGCAUCUGGUUUUUAGAACCACGACUGUCAUAUUCUUUCAUUGUACUCGUAGGGUCAGCUCAUUCUUCAGGAUGGGAAUGACGGAACUUGAAUUUGUCUAGUUUACUUUGAUACAGAUCAAAGCACG